AUGACAUGUGGAACGUUUGAAAUACCGUCAUCUCGGUUUACUCCUCCAACUGAACCUCUUACUCCAGCGCAGGCUCGCUGGAAAUUUCAAUCUUGCCUCAUUGGCUAUCAUGAUAACCCGGUUGGACGGGGUGCAGUGCACUUCUACUUCAUAAUCUGCAUGUGGGCAGGUUACGGUCAAAGCCCCCGUGCCCCAUGUUUGCGCCCGAUUUCUGCUGGCUUAGACCACCGGCCCGAGACAGGAUUUGAAAGGCUAAGCACGCAAAGGCAAGAAAAUUAUUUCGGGCGUUGGAAGACGGGGAGAAGGGUCCCGUAA